UUAGACGAAACCACGUUACCGCAUCUUCUUUACCUCCAUUAUUUUCAAAACUUUCCCGCGUUUAUUUCUCCACAGAUCUAAUGACUAACACACAUUCAUCUCCCACUUUUCGUUAGUUUUCUCUCUUCUCUCAACUCUCAGAGUUCACCGAAAAACACGGAGCAUGGGGAAGCAAACGAGGCCGAGAAAGCCAGAGAAGAGAGGCAAGGGAGUUGUCACGCCGGUGCAAAUCGCGUUUCUCGUCGAUCGAUAUCUCGCGGAUAAUAAUUUUGCUAACACUCGCUCUUCUUUUCGGAACGAGGCUUCUGAUCUCGUCUCUCGCUCUCCCGUCAAUCAGGCGCCGAGUAGUUUGUUAAGUUUGGGGGAUAUUUUAAAUGAGUACAUAAGUUUGAAGGGGCAAAAAGUAAUGUUAGAUCAAGAAAAGAUGUGUUUCGAACAAGAGAAAUUCAGGGUUCAGACUUUGUUGAAUGGAAUGCAAGAUGUUAUGAAUGGUUACAACUCUGGCUUAGCUGCUGCUGCCGCCGCUGCUGUUCCUGCUCAAGCAUUGGUUGCGAAUCCAGGGGGUUUAGUUCCGUAUGUUGAUCCUGUUGUUGGAUCUUCUGCAGGUCUUCCUGUGUACCACAACUCUGUUGUAAUGUCGGCAUCCAGACCAAGAGGCACUCCUGCAAAUCCCAGAAAUUUAUUUACACCUAUGACAAAUGCUUCUUCUUCAAAAAGGAGAAAGUCAUCUAAAGAUGUUACAGAUGCCUCUGUCACUGCAAAGAGAUCACGGAGUCAAUCAGCUGCUGAAAAUCAACAAUCAUGUUAUCCAAAUACAAUGAGACAACUAAACAAUGUGUCAAAUAGCAGUCUGCAAGAUUCUGUGGUCAAUGCAUCAUCAGAUAUUGAUAUACCUAGUAGAUCAUCAGUUCAAGGAUCCAGUGUUGCCAAGCGUUUAUUCAGUCACCAUAAGCAGUCGCUUCCAAUGAAUUCAUCUGGUCCCAUCACACCUCCUAGACUAACUUCUUCUCCACCUGAAAAAUCUGGUUCCUCGCCAGAUGGUACAAGUGAUCCUUUUACAAAUGACGUUACCCCUCAACAAAUGAUGUCUAAUUGCACUGUCAUUGCUUCUGAGACAAUUACAGUCAGUCCUGCCAAACAAAUGGGCUACUACUCGAUUGAGAGAAACUGUCGUAUUUCUACCUCCUCACCAAUAAAGACAAAUUUGAAAAGAUGUUUUAGCACAAGGGAUAAUGUAAAAGGGAGGCUUGACUUUGAUGGUCCUAGUGGAGCCAUGGAUUUGGAUAAACCAGUUCAUUGUGAGGUUAUGCCAUCUGAAACUGAGAAGAGAGCUGAUUGUUUUGAUUUUGAUUUGCCUAACUUGGAUGCUUUUGGUGAAGAUUUUAGCUUCUCUGAACUCAUGAGUGAAUUUGAAAUUAACUGUGAAGGAAUAAAUUACACUUUCCAGCCAGAUGGGACUCCGUCCCCAGAUUCAGUUUCAGGGUCACAAGACACCCCUGAUAAUAAUACCAUUAAUGGCUGUAAUCAAUAUCCAUCUGAACUAUCAUCUACUAUCACAGAAAUUAUUUCCGGGGAAAACAUGAAUACACCAGGACCAGAUUCUGUGACAACUAUGAAGUCCAUAACAAAAUCUAUACAGAUAUUAAGUCCUGUGAAGAAUCAAAGAAGCUCUUUCCCGGAGAAGUAAAAUAUUUCUGCUACAAACUAAUUGCAAAGACGGAAAAUGACUUAUUCGCAUAACAUAGUAACAAUACAGUAAGCACGGGAACUUGCUAGCACAAAGUUUAACAGCUAAUGUCCUUGAAGUAUUUAGUUUUCACCAGUAACUAAAUAUCUGCAGAUUAGGUAAUAGUUGCAGGUGUCUUUUGCAAGGAAGGUCCUUUUAGGUUGUAAAGGUUUAGUUACGUUGUUUUAGAACUUGGUUACUUAAAUGUAGCCUCUAUUGAAAGGCCUGAACCAUUUGCACUGGUAAUUGUAUUAGAAGGAUUCUAAUGUGGCUUCUAAUCCAUAUAACCAUUACAAGUCUCGCCCUCUCCCCCAAUGAGGUGAGGAUGCUUUGAAAUUUUAUACAAUGUAUAUGCACUCUGCCAAGGGGUAUAGAACUUGGAACCCGAGCACGAAAAAUAAUCAUACAAUCAUACUGCAUAAUGUACAUGCAAAAGAAAUUGUCAGUUAAUCAGAACCAACUGCAUGUUUUACCUACU